UUAAGCUAUUCGACCACCAUGGAAGACACAUGAGGAACACGAGAUAUUGAAUGGAUGUUGAAGACAAUUUGAAGUGUUAGCAAUAUACUAAUUUUUGUUCUGUGGUUUAGACGUGUUUCUCACCACGCAAUGGAACCAAAUACUCAUAUAUACCACACAGAUUUCUAAAAGUAGUUUGAAAAGUCAGAGAUGGCAACAAGACGCUCAAGAUUAAGUAUAAAACCCAACCUUGGGCCAAAGGUUGGGGGAACCAAAUCUGGGUUAACAAAACUUGCUCCAGACAAGAAGGGUAAACAACCACCUGCUUCUCCUGUUCCAAAGAAAGAAACAUUGGAAAGGUUGAGGAAAAAAGUCAGUGACGAAGAUAAUGACAAGGAACUGGAGAAAGAUGCGUCGGUCACAACGGAUGAACUAGAAAGACAAACGCAACCAAUAAAUAAUCAUGUCGAGAAUGCUGGUAGUACUGACAGCAAAAGUGAAGCACAUAAUUCUGAAAUUAUCUCCCCUGUCCAAACAACGAGUGAAGAAACUAAAGAUAUGGCCAUAUCUGGAGUGCCAGACAAGAGCAAGACAGUAGCUCCUGGGAAAGAUGGCGGGGAUGUGAUACCAGUGUUACCAAAAAUACUGGUCCCACCCAAAAACAAAGUACAGAUGAUCACACGAAACAGACUGCCAAAGGCUAGGCCAAACCUUUCUGAUUCAGGAAGACCCAAAAAAGCCCCUGAGCUUACUAUUAAAGGAGGUGCGAACCAAAGUGGCCCUUCAUCUCCAAUGAAAUCACCAAGACCAAUUAUCAGUCAGUCCCCCGAUAAAGCACUCUCCUCACCUGAGAAGUCUGUGGUUGUGGCAAGAGAGCUCCAGGUCCACUAUCCAACCACAGAGGCAAUGGACACAAGCGGUCAAGCUUCCAGGUCAGAUACAAGAAUACCAGGGGAGACAACUGUAGCAGAGCGUCGUCAUCGCAAUCUGAGUGGUGUAGAUGUACUGCCUGUCAUAGAACGAAGGCAAAGACAGAUGAGUACAAGUGAGACGGUGGCUGGAGAGAAAAGGCAUCGGCAUACCAGUGUAGCAGAGACUUCUGCCCCCAAACGAAAGAAGCCUACCAAGGUUGAUGCACCAACUGAUGUUCCGGUUGACCGAACCAAGAUAAAGAUGGGAGACCUGAUUUACUGGAAUCCAUCUUCAAACCCAAUGAAGAAGAAACCUGGACAAGAUAAAAAGAAGAAGAAAUCGGUCUCUCCAAGUGAUGAUGAGGAAGAAGGUGUGGUCAGUCUGACUGCGCCAACAGCGGAGGAAGAAAAGGUGGAUGACCCAGAAGCCACAGAGGAUGAAGUUAUGCCGGUACCACAGGUCAAGAUUGGACCUGAUGGCAACAUUAUUAUCAACGAGGAAAGUCUUGUGAUAAAGAAUAACGACAGUGUAAUAGAGGAGGAUGGAGAUGUGAUCGAUGAAACUGACAUUAACGUUACGUACACCAGCUUCAGAAAGCAGAGACAAAAGCUGUCAUGGUCGGAGAAAGAGACUGAAAAGUUCUACAAAGCAUUGAGUUACAUUGGCACAGAUUUCUCUCUGAUUCAUAGUGUGUUUCCAAAGAGGUCUCGCAAUGACAUCAAAAAAAAGUUUGCAAUUGAAGAUAAGAAAAACAGAGACAAAGUGGAAGCGGCUUUGCGCAACAAAAAGCCCUUCAAUUUGGCUGUGUUUGAAGAGGACGAAGAAAUGGAUAUUGAGGUGACUAAACCAGCACGCAAAUCAGGAAAGAGGGCUAAAAAGGAAAAUAAAACUGCAGAAAAAUCUACAAGGCCAAAACCAAGAAAAGAAUGGAAAUAUUACUACAAUGAAAACGAAGAUUCAGAAGAAGUUGAAGCCAAGAAAUCUGCUGUGAAACGACAGCAAGUGGAAGAAGCGCGAAGGCGUUUGUUAGCCACACGCAACAGUUCCCAAAACAAUCCUCAAGGAGUCGAGGAAUCCAAUGAAAUUGUAGAGAUUCUGAUGAACAUGAGUAAAGGAAAUAAUCCCGCUCCUCCAGCCACCGACACGCCACACGUAGAAAACGUCAUGGUGAUGCAGUCAGGAAUGCCCGUUGUUGAUAUCGGAACAAAUACAGAACAGUUAGUACAGCUUCUACAGACAUCAGGACAGGCUGCACUCAUAGGGGAUAAUGUUAACGAACCUCUUAUCCUGGUCUACAACCGACCAACCACGCCGGGUGGCGAGACCGUCAUCCAUGUGUACAAGAUUCAGCCUGAGAACAAUAGCUCGGCCGGUGUUAACACUAGUACUCCCCCUCAACAGACAGAAAGGUCUAGUAAUGUUACGAAUGAUAAUACUACUGAUUAUAUAGAUAUUAGCUUAACACGCUCAGAUAAUCCUGGCAAUACUGACAACACGAAUAUUAGUACAUCAGACCUCUCAACACAGGUACGGAAUCAAGUGGACAUUAAUUCAACAAGUUCUACAGAAACAACGCGAAAUAUAGAAGGACAACCGGCGCCUGUUCUGUGUGUUAAAAAUCAAGGGGAGGUAAUUGGUGAGUGCGAGUCAACAGGACAUAUUGACUAUAAUUUACAUAAUUAUUCUGAAACUGUGCCCAUCGGAGAAUCCAUAGUGAGUCGAGAUCAGUCAGUGACACAGAUUGAGGUACCCAAAACAAGUGCCAUACAAAACCCUGGCGAACCUGCGCAGGAUCAGAAUGGUGGCGAUAAUUCUUUGUUUUGUAGUGCUGAACAGAAAGAUGGUGAAAAGAAUGAAUCGCAGGGAAGUGUCAGUAGUGUUGAAUCCAUCUCAGAACUUGGUGAACAGUAUAUAGAUGAUGUCACUAGUGUUGUCCCCAACCUAUAGCGUAUACAUGAAGCUCAGGUGAUUUCUUCACUUCUUUAUUGGAUAUUGGACCAAAGUUCCAUAUUACUUCAAUAGGUUUAUAGGGUAAUCAGUUACACAAAUGAUAAUUAUUACCAAAUAAGAGGGGUGAAUGUUUCAUCAAAAUAAAUGUAUAAAUUUGGCCAUUUAUACAUUUUCCAUUCAGUACGUGGUCCAGUGUCCAAACAAAUUGCUGUCAAGUAUGAAGAUAUAAACUUGAGUGUUUAAUGUACCUCGUGUAUAGGUGUGUGUAUAUAUUGCGGAUCCAACUUCAUAUGCAUUUAUUCAUUGUCGGAUACCCAUGGUUGAUAACACUUCACUAUGCUACAGGUAUCACUGAUAUUAUAAAUGUAGGAUAAUUUAUAGUGCAGUCAACCAUGGGCAUCCAACUAUGACAUCUUGUGUAAACAUCCAGUGUAACUCAGGGUUUUACCAUGUUUGAAAGUGUUCCUCUUCAUGGUCAUGGUCAUCUUUUAAGAAAUAUUAAAUAUGAACAAUUUAAAUCGAUAAUGAGUUUAGUAUAGAAAAUCUUUUGUACGUAAACUACUGAUAUUCGAAAUAAUUGCUUAAUUUCUGAGUUCCCAUACUGAAGAUAAUUGUUUCCAAGUUCCAUCCUAAAGACAAUUGUGUUUCUGAGUUCCCAUCCUAAAGAUAUUUAUGUUUCCGAGUUCCAUCCUAAAGAUAUUUAUGUUUCUGAGUUCCAUCCUAAAGAUAAUUGUGUUUCUGAGUUCCAUUCUAAAGAUAUUUAUGUUCCGAGUUCCAAUCCUAAAGAUAUUUGUGUUUCCGAGUUCCCAUCCUAAAGAUAAUAUUGUGUUUCUGAAUUCCCAUCCUCAAGAUAUUUGUGUUUCAGAGUUCCCACCCUCAAGAUAAUUGUUUUUUUCGAGUUCCCACCCUCGAGAUAUUUCUGUUUCCAACGUCAAAUUUAUAAUGAUGUUUUAACUGUUUCGGAAUUCCAAUCCUAAAGAUAAUUGUUUCCGACUUCCCAUCUUAAAGAUAUUUAUUUCUGAGUUUCCAACCUUGAGAUAUUUCUGUUUCCAAUGUCAGAUUUAUGAUAAUGUUUUAGCUGAAGUUAUACCCCUUAUUUAUUGUGGUUUAGAAUAUAUUUCUGUUGAUUUUUGUUCUAUGGAAUAAAAUAUGCAUGUUCAUCAUGUUCAAAAUAUCAUCUCUGAUAGAAAGCAACUCUAGUCAAGAAAACAAUCAUCGAAAGAGAUGAGGCCUAGGUUUAACAAUCAGAAUUAUAACAAUGCUCACCUACAUGUAUAUAGCUAUUGUUUCAUGCCAAAGAUUAAAUUCAAAACCAUUCUGAUUUUGGUUUCAAGAAUAGAAUUUACAUGUUAAAAAUUGUUGUUUUUUAUAUAUAAAAACAAAAUGAAAAAACAUGUAGUACAAAUGACCCUAUGAUAAUUUGACAAAGUUGUCAAAUUCUUUGUUAAUCCAAUGAUUUUGUUUGACAUAUAUGGAAAUAUAGGUAAAAUUGUUCAAAACAAGAGAAGAAUCGACGGAAACAGUCCACAAAAAGCUAGUCUCAUUUAUAAAAACAUUCAUAUCGCAUGGAAAAAGUGGGACUUUUAUGGGGUGACGCACUUAAGACUAUUUGAAAUACAUGUCUUUAUAAGUAAUGUAUACAGUGUAUAUAUAUGUACAUGUCUAGUCAGGGCCUGUGUUGUACAAAUGUAUAUACAGUACUUGUGUCGUAAUUUGGUUUGUGGGCAGAAUGAUUGAUGUACAUAACCUAUAGCUACUGAUAGUUAUACAGAAGUAUUUCUUUGGAUUUUGACAUAGAGUUAAACAGUAAUGAAUCACAAUUUUUUUUUUUUUUUUUAGGAAUUUUGCAAAAUAGAAAAGGUAUAUGUAUUCAACUCCUAGAUAUGGAAUUUUAUCCUUUAUGAAAUGUUUAUUUGAUAUUAAUUAAUUAAACAGCAAAUUCUAAACUUGCAAUAUCGGGAUUUAUCAUGGAAAUAAGUAUUGAACAUCUUAACCAACUUAGUUUCAUUGUAUAAUGUAGUGUUGAAGCCACCAUAGGGAUACUGGAAAGAGCAGAUUUAAUUACAUCUGCUAAUUAAUUGAUACACAAAUUAAUGUUGAUAUUGUAAAGGAGAGUGUUUGGUUUAAAGAUAUUGAAAAUCUAAAUAUGUAAACAAAACAAAAUUGCAACAAUCAAAUGCAUCUUAUAAAAUGCAUUAAUCAUGUAAACUUUGAUGCUCAAGAUCGACUGCAGACCAACUCAUUUUGUAUGAAGUUUCAUCUUACAGCACAUGCACAGUGUACAUGAAAAUGAGUUACAAUUUAAAAGUCAAUAUUGUAUAUCAGAUUAUACUGCAGACCAAGAAUGAUCAAAAUCCCAAGUGUGGCCGAUGUAUGUAUACACUACAGCAAAUCUUAGUUAACUGUACCACUUGAUUUAUUGUGGGUUCACACUUUCAGAAAAAAAUAUGUUUUGGAAAAAAAUGGGUAUUAAUAAUUUAUUUGUUGAGAUAUUUAAGAUUUAAUGAAAUACCAACUUUAUUUGAUUUCUAUGAGUUUGAAAUGUAAUGACAGCAAUUUGGAUGCAUAAUUGUCUGGAAAAGUAUUAAGUAUUGAAAAAAUAAACUAAAUAUUGCAUUAA